AUGUCUCUGUAUCAGCUAGUUUUUGGAAAGUCUUGCCAUCUACCGAUUGAAUUAGAACACAAAGCAAUGUGGGCAUUGAAAGCUCUGAAUUUGGACUGGACAAACACUUCAAAAGAGAGAGUAGAGUACUUAAAUGAGUUGGACGAAUUUAGGUUUAAAGCUUACAAAAGUUCAGCUCUCUACAAGGAAAAAAUGAAGAAGUGGCAUGAUGCUAAAAUACUUAAGAGAGAGUUCAAGGUGGGAGAUUGGGUGUUACUAUACAACUCCCAACUUAGACUCUUUCCUAGAAAGAUCAAGCCCAAAUGGUCAGAACCAUUUAAAGUGACACGAGUAUUCACAAAUGGUACCAUAGAAUUUGAGAGUCGAGAAGGACCUGCAUUUAAGGUGAAUGGGCAACGCUUGAAGUUAUAUUUUGGAGAAUGCCAGGAUAUCUCUUUGAUUGAGGUGGUGUACCUAGAAGAUGGCUAA